AUGCCACAUUACCAUGCUGUAGGUACAUUGCUGAAAAGACCACCAUUCCUAUCCCACGUCAACUCGGAUACUCUAUCAGCUGAGAUAAUCUUCUUGGCCUUCCCUUUGUGGUCCUGGAGUACGUUACAGGCAAAACUCUCCAUGGAACUGAUGUGCCGCGCCUUCACGACGAGUAGUGGUCAUAUCUGUUCGAUAUCUAUAUUCAACUCUGCCGCCAGCAGUUCGGCCAUGUCGGCGCUCUCACGCUCGACAGCUAUAAUGAAAACUGGUGGGAUAAAGAGCUCUAAGAUUAUAUCUGUUCACCAGACCUACGGCUCCACUGUUGGUUACAACUACGCCGCCCUGAUAUUGAUUUUCAACGACUUUUACCGCGGGAAGGAUAGUGAUUUCAAUGAGAAGGAUGCAUGGAACUAUCUAAAUAACAUUUCUGCGUCCCGGGGCAUUGUGAUGGAAUGA